GGUUUCUUCUCUCAUAAGAAAUCUGUUGUUGCAUCGUUUCUUCAUAUGUUCAAGACUUUUAUUUUCAUCUCAUUAUUGGCUUUGUCAACUGAUUUUACAGAAGCUAACUAGAGAGGAGAAAUGAUGGAGAAGACUGCAGCGAAAACUGAAGAAGAAGUUGCUAGUAGAAGCUUAUUAGAUUUGGUGUUCUCUUGGUCUAUCAGGGAAGUACUUAACAGAGAUCUUUACAAAAAUCAGGUGAAGAAGAUACCGGAGACAUUCACGUCAACGUCACAUUACAUGAAGUCAUUCAUUCCUGCUCUUCUUGAGGAAACUCGUGCAGAUUUGUGCUCAAACAUGAUGAAGGUCUCCCAAGCACCUACAAGGGAGAUCUUUUCAAUUGAAAGAUCAAAAGAGUAUAAACCUCCCAAAGACUUGUUUUAUAAGAUAUGGUUGAAAAGAAUGAGAAAAACUGGAAACGGGAAAGGAAUAUACGAGCCUGAGGUUGGAGAUCUCAUUGCUUUGACAGAUGCAAGACCGAAAGACAUUGCUGAUUUGAACAGGCCUGGGAUAAACUAUCUUCUUGCUUAUGUUCAUAGGCUAUCUAAUGAGCUGGAUGAUGACACCAAUCAUGAAAUGGUAUCAAUUCUCACUUCCAAACCCAUUCAAUUUGAAUUAGAAAACAGGCAUAAUAAAAGGGAGUCUGUCUUUGCUGGACAAGAGAUUCAAAAGAGAAGAAGAGCCACUUUCUUCGUUGUUUACCUAGCAAACAUGACGACGAAUGUCCGCAUAUGGAGAUCAUUGAACUCAGAUCUGCAAGGAGGGAACACGAACGUUAUCCAGAGUGUGCUUGAAAGUAGUUCACCUGUAAGAAGGCGAAAUAAUUGUUCUUUAUGAGUAUGGAAGUUCUAGUUCUAUUCUAAUCAUUCAGU